UGUCACUGUCAAAUAACUGUCAAAUUAUAAAACUACAUAACCUAAAAUUCCACAUGCACGCAAACAUAUUUGAACACGGCUGAUUUUUUUUCCAAAUUCCUUUUAACUCUUCCAAGAGACGACAACAGUAAACAGACAGGAAUAUCUUUCAAACUAUAACUCAUGGUUUUAAAUUAAUUCCACUGUUAAGUACGCACUCAACCACCAACCAUGCGAAAACCUUGGGAGCAACUCGGUGUACCCCUCCACGAAGAAAUCCAAAAAGGCAUCAAAUCGUUCAAUUUUCCAUCAAUGACACCAAUCCAAGCAGCUACCAUACCACAACUAAUCAACAAGAAAGACGUGGUAGCUGAAGCCAUCACUGGAUCUGGCAAAACUUUGGCUUUUCUGAUUCCGUUACUGGAGAUACUGAAGAGACGACAGGAGGAUAAAUGGAGGAAACACGAAAUCGGCGCGUUGAUCAUCUCACCAACGCGCGAAUUAGCUCUGCAGACUAAGGAAGUUCUGGAACAACUUCUGAAAUUUGUUUCGGGUUUGACCCACCUCUUGCUUGUCGGCGGCAACUCCAUCGAAGAAGACCUCACCACCUUCAAACAAAACGGCGGCAACAUCAUCAUCUGCACCCCUGGAAGAUUCGAAGACCUUUUAUCAAGAAAAACAGACAUCAAUUUCACAACUUCACUAAAAAGCCUCGAGAUUCUCAUUCUAGAUGAAGCAGAUCGCCUUCUAGACUACGGUUUCCAAAAAUCCAUUGACACCAUUUUAAGCUAUCUACCCAGACAACGUCGCACCGGUCUCUUCUCAGCCACCCAAACCAAGCAAUUACAGGACUUAAUCCGAGCAGGCCUCCGGAACCCCGUUCUUGUCAGCGUCAGCGUUAAAGCCAAACACAGCACACCCGAACAACUAAACAACUACUACAUCGUUACCAACCACAACAAUAAGUUGGCAGCAGUGUUGUCGUUCAUAGAAAACGAGAAAGUCCACAAGGCGAUGUUGUUUCUACCGACUUGCGCAACCGUGGACUACUGGUCCGGAAUAUUCCCUCAUGUUCUAAAAGACGUCCCUGUGCUGGCAAUGCACGGAAAAAUGAAAGACAAACGUAAAAAAAUUCUAGAACGUUUCAAAAACUUGUCCAAGGGUUUGUUGCUGUGUACCGACGUUCUAGCAAGGGGUAUAGAUAUUCCAGAGGUGGACUGGGUGCUCCAGUGGGAUCCCCCAGCGAACGCCAGCGCUUUCGUGCACAGGGUCGGACGCACGGCGAGACAAGGCCGCGAGGGCUCCUCUUUAAUUUUUCUCCUAGACACCGAAGAACCCUACGUUCACUUCAUCGAAAAAAACCAACGCGUCAAACUCGAACCCCUUGAAGACACCUCCACUACCACCUCACCACUAGUCGAAACUCUGCGCAAUCUGCAAAAAACCGACCGAGAUUUAAUGGAAAAGGCAACCCGAGCUUUCGUUUCUCACAUCAGAGCCUACUCAAAACACGAGUGUUCUCUGUUGUUAAAAGUGAAGGAAUUGCCUUUUGGGGAUGUCGCCUCGACGUACGGACUGCUCCAGCUGCCGAAGAUGCCAGAGCUGAAGAACUUCGAUGGUGGGGGUUUCGUUACAGAGGAAGGGGUGGAUUUGAACGCGGUUCCGUAUAAGGAUAAACAGAGGGAAGCUGUGAGGAGGCAAAAGUUGGAGGUUUAUAAAAAAACGGGGGCGUGGCCAGGGCGGAAAGUGAAGGUUAUUAAAAAAGAGACAGAGGCGUGGUCGGUUAGUAAGCAAAAGCGGGCGGAGAGAAAAGAGAGGAAGUUGAAGAGGAAGCAGGUGAAAGAUGAAGGGGGUGGGGGGAAGAAGAAGCGGAAGAAAGGGGGGAUUAGUGAGCAGGAGAUGAGUGAGUUGGCGGAGGAUAUCGCGUUGAUGAAGAAGUUGAAGAAGAAGAAAAUUAGUGAGGAUGAGUUUGAGCGGAAGUUUGGUGUGGCGUGAGGUAUAAUUGAGGAAAAAACAUUUCGGAGACUUUCCACGGUGAUAAUGUGCCUAAUCGUUGUAAUUAUCGUUAUUAAAAAUUGAAUGAUUGAUACAUUCAGAAUUUUAUUCGUGUUGGAAAAAAAUAAAACAUUUUCCGUAAGAAA